AUGACUCUCGAAAAUGGAACACUGUGUAGGCUUGUUCCUUUAAAUGCAGAUGACUCUCUGAGGAAAAGCUUUGACCUGUUCGGAGAGAUAGACAUGAACUACCACAACCGCUUCUUCAGGUUCCUCGGCCUGAGCGACAACAUCAUAAAGACCACCGAGAUGACCUGUUCUUUGCCUGAGGAUAGGGUGUACGAGCUGCUGAAGGUCUGGAUGGAGAAAGAAGGCAUGAAGGCGGAUUUUAACAGCCUCAUCGAAGCCCUUUGUUAUCUGAACCAGAAGCUGUCUGCAGAAAGCAUCAUCGCAAGAGCCAUCGAGAGUGGCUACUUCAGAUAUGAAGACUGAAAACAAGCACAAGAUCUUCUAUGGUGCUUGUGGAAAACUGUGAAAA